GGAAUGUAACUGACAAAUAGACGCAGAUGAGAAGAGACUUUAGAGGAAAUAGACAGUUGGCACUGAGAGAUACACUGUAGCUGUUUAAUAAUAUCUCGUCUGGAGACGAUCGAGUCCUCAGAGCAGCUAAACAUCAGAUGGCUAUGGCGCUGCCUGCAGCCUUUCUGUCUGAAGACCAGUUCACCUGCUCCAUCUGUCUGGAGGUGUUCAACAACCCUGUCUCCACCCCAUGCGGCCAUAGCUUCUGCCAGGCAUGCAUCUCCUCCUACUGGGAUGGAGGAGGAGGGAGCGCCAAGAUCUACCAGUGUCCCCUCUGCAAGGAGUCCUUCCAGAAGCGACCAGAGCUCCAUAUCAACCGAACCCUGAAGGAAAUCACUGAACACUUCAAGCAGGUGGCCAACCCUAAUAUGCCAAUGGAUGGAAGAGCUGGAGGAGGAGUGGAGGAUCAUCAUCAACACCUGGCCCUGUCUCCAUCUCAGAGGCCAGGGGAGAUGCCAGAGACCGUCUUUGCUGAGAUGAUGACUCGUUUUCAGCGGCUGCCAACUCCUGGCAGGCCUCACACCACCAAUAACCGCCGAAGCUCCAGUCCAGUUAAUGCUCGACACUCCCUCAAGGCUCAGAACAAUGUGCACCAAGACCCUCCUCCACCCUACUCACCUCCCCGCAGGUACACUCUGAGCGGUCCCAGUGACGCUUCCCCAGAUGUGCCUGUGUGUCCCAUCCACCUGGGAGGUCUCGAGUUCUUCUGCCGCACUGAUAACACCUGUGUCUGCUGCUUCUGUGUAGAGACAGCAGAGCAUCGGGGACACAACGUUAUCCCUGCCAAAAGAGAAUGGCACAUCAGGAAGUCCCAGUUAGGUAUUGCAGAGGUGGAGCUAAAGGAUCUCAUUCAUGAGAGAGAGAGGAAAGUCAAGGACAUAUGCAACUCCUUACAAGAGAUACAGUCUGCUGCUGAGAGAGAGACCGACGGAGCUGUUACUGUGUUUUCCAAACUGAUCUCCAGAUUGGAGUACUGCCAAGCUGAAGUCUUGGAGGUGAUAGAGAUGACUCGGCGAGCAGCUGAGCACAGAGCUCAGGGCCUGCUGAGAGAGCUGGAGGAGGAGAUAGCUGAGCUUAAAAAGAAGAGUGCAGCACUGAGCCAGCUGGCUCUGUCUGAAGACUAUAUACUCUUUCUCAAGACGUUCCCUGCUCUGUCCACCCCUCCACAGGCUAAGGACUGGUCAAGUGUCUCUGUGGUGUCUAAGCUGACCUCAGGAGUGAUUCUCAGGACUGUCAAUCAAAUGAUGGAGUGCUUUCAGGAACAGAUGCAGCAAUUGCCAAAAGUCUGCCAGCAAUCUUUGUUGGACCAGUCUGUACCAAGGCACAACCCAACGACAAGAAGGGUUCAAGAAUAUGCAGCUGACAUUACUUUGGAUGCCAGCACGGCCCAUCCACGCCUCAUCAUCUCAGCAGAUGGGAAGCAGGUGCACUGUGGUGACCGCAAUCAAUCAGUACCUGACAACCCUGAGAGAUUUGACCGGGUGGUGUGUGUGUUGGGCCGCCAGGGCUUCAGCACAGGACGGCAUUACUGGGAGGUGGAGGUGGGAGGAAAGACUGACUGGGAUCUAGGAGUUGCAAGCCGUACCAUCAAUCGGAAGGGUAAGAUCACCGUAAGUCCAGCCCAUGGCUACUGGUUCCUCAGCCUCCGAGAUCGGACUGACUAUGCCUUCCGAACAGAACCCUCAAACAACCUGACAGUUAACCUCAGACCAUCCCGGAUUGGAAUCUAUGUGGACUGUGAUAAAGGACUCUUGUCCUUCUACAAUGUGGAGGCCAAAUUGCUCAUCCAUACAUUCACAGAUAAUUUUCCUGACACCAUCCAUGCAUUCUUUAGCCCCUGUACUAAUAAAUCAGGCCGGAAUGAGGCCCCACUAAUCAUUUGCCCUGUUGCAAUGACAGAAUGAAAUGAGCCAACAAGUUAAGAGCAUCUUUACUAAUAAGGAAUGCUUCCACAGAAAGACACCUCCUGAACAGAUUUGAUCACAUCUGCUUGAUUCCUUCAUUGCAAUAGAGUAGAUAAUGAGCAGGCCGUAUGUUAACCCCUUUGUGAUCCAUUACCAUAAAAAAAAGAUCUGAUGAAUCCAUUGGUACCAACCAUGUCAUGAUAUCUUGUCAGGAAUUGAGCUAAAAAAAACACCCAAAAGUAAAAACUGGCAUUGCCAUUUUCAAAAGGGUUACUGACCUCAAGAUAUCUGAAUCAAAAUAGUUUCUAUGGGUACCCAUGAGUCUCCCCUUUACAGAUAAGCUUACUUUACGUUAAUACCAUGCAGAAACCAUGCAUUCUUUCUCCUACAGUAAAAUGUUUUAAUUUUGCCUACGGUAAUAAAAUAUUCCUGCAUGCUGGUGUCCCUAAACAUGGAAUUGCAUAAAUUGGGUACAACUGCAAAACUGAGACUCUUGUUGAUGAUGUGAGUCACCAUCGUAGCAUUUCAUUGUAGUGAGAGCAUUUUUUCGAGACCAUUAUAUUAUGUGACACUGAUGUGAUUGUUUUAUGGGCCAAUAUCAAUACUUUUAGACUGAAGUCAACACAGUCAGUAUCUUCAGGUUUUGGCUUAUUAUGUGCUGAAAAAAUAGAAGAAUUCAGACUCUUUCAGCUGCAUUGUGAGAAAAUGAAUACCUGAAAAAAACUGAAGCUCCAAGCUGUGAUGAACAGGCCCUUGGACAACACAACCUACAAUUUAUGUGGAUGGAAUAUUUGUUCCACAAGGCCUACCUAGAAAGUUUUAUUAAACAUUUUCCAAAUACAAUGAAUCAUUGUCUUUUUCCUCAUGUUCACUGUAUUAACUUUGUCUUUUUCUCGUGUCCAUAUAUACAACAUGUCGAGAUGUAGACAAUAUAUGUAAUGGUACAUCAAAUGCAUUAAAACAAAAUUUCCUUUAGCAGCUGUCUAUUUUGUCUGAACAAACUUACAUCAACAGAAUCAAAAAUAAAAUGAUAAAAAUUCACUCUUUGUUUUUCUGUCCAUUUAGAAUGAAGUGUUUUUACAUUGAGUUUACGCUUGUUUGUCUUUGUUUGCUAAUAGA